GCUUUAGGGGAUCUAUGUGUCAUGAUGUGCUUGUUGGCGCGUAAGAGGGUGUGAAGAAGCCGCAGUUUGGCCCCGGACUAUCGGCGGUCUCGGCUCUCUUGCCGGCCUUCGCUGUGGAAUUUGCCUAGCCUCGUUGAUCGAUCCGAAGACGCGACAACGACAUUCAAUCUGUUGUUGUUACUUUUGAUCUCUCAAUUUUGAAAUCACAAAACCAGUUUUCGGAGGAGCAAUGACUGGCUGCCGCAUCAGGGCUCUCUGGAUCCUCAACAAUCAAGACACCAUCGUCUUCUCUAGGAGGUUUCCGGUAGUUGAGAAGCAGUGGCGAUUAGCUUGCAAGAGAGAGAACGAGAGCUCUAGUGGGGAUAAUUUGAAUUCCAUUGUGUUGCCGUUGCUUCCAACUGAUUCAGAGUUAGCUGCUGCUUUCCUAGAGAGGAAAAAGAGAGAGGGUUCUGCCCGUGGUUUUGGCAUACGUGUGACCCAGUCAGUUGAAGGUUCAGAUUCCUGGGUUGAUGACCCUAUUACACGUCAUAUUAUCAGCCUUUUUAUUAGUAAAGAAGAGGAAGGAGUGAAGUUUUUAUUGUGGCCGUUGGUUUUGCAUGUAAAAGGCCAUUAUUAUAUUCUUGUAUUGCCUUUAGUUGAACCCCAGCACUUAAAAGCAUAUGAAAGGAUGUGCAGAAGAUCUGAUUGUGGAAAUUCCAUUGGAAUAGAAGAAAGCUUAUCAGCACUCCUCUUUGAUCUUCCAUGCAUUACAGGGGCAUUUAUGGUGGGACAUGCUAUUGGUGAUGUAAUCACUGGUGAUUUGGUGGAACCUGAGGUAGUUAUAAGUGCGGCUCCUUCAGUUGGAGGAUUGUUGGAUUCCUUAACUGGCAGCAUAGGGAUCUCAAGCAUUUCUGCAAGAGCAAAACCUGUGGCUGCACCAGUUGUGGCUUCUACAACUUCAGGCGCUGCUGUAGCUGGAGCUGCUACAUCAGAUGCUCCAAAGAUAGGUUCAAGGCCUUUUGACAAAGAUGCACUGCGGACAUUUAUUAGUAGCUCAAUGCCCUUUGGGACUCCUUUGGACCUUAACUGUUCCACUAUUUCUGCUAUGAAGGUGAAUGGAUUUUCUUCAUCAGAUUUGCCUCCUGCAGACCUAAGGCAACCGGCAUGGAAGCCAUACCUCUACAAAGGAAAACAGCGAAUACUGUUUACAAUUCAUGAAACAGUUUAUGCUGCAUUGUAUGAUCGUGAUGAAAUUCCAGAUGUUUUAUCAAUUUCAGGUCAAGUAAACUGCAGAGCAGAAUUAGAAGGAUUGCCUGAUGUGUCAUUCCCAUUGACAGGGUUGAACAAUGCUCACCUAGAGGUUUUAUCAUUCCAUCCUUGUGCUCAAGUUCCAGAGCAAGGUGUAGAUAAGCAGGGUGUGAUGUUUUCACCACCACUUGGGAAUUUUGUUUUAAUGCGUUAUCAGGCAUUCUGUAGCCUUGGACCUCCGAUAAAAGGAUUUUAUCAACUUUCAAUGGUCUCUGAAGAUGAAGGUGCCUUCUUAUUCAAAUUGCGCUUAAUGGAGGGUUACAAGCCUCCCCUAACUAUGGAGUUCUGCACUCUGACUAUGCCCUUUCCUAGGAGAAAGGUGGUCUCUUUUGAUGGAAAUCCUUCUAUUGGUGCAGUUUCAAUGACUGAACGUUCGAUUGAAUGGAAAAUUGUUGCAAGUGGAAGAGGUGUUUCUGGAAAAAGUAUUGAGGCAACUUUUCCUGGAACAAUCAAGUUUGCACCAAGGUCAACUCAAAGAUUGCCCUCCAUGCUUAGGUCAACUCAAGGACAUAUAUCUGAAGAUGAUAGUGAUAUUGAGCCUGAGAAUUCUAAUAAUAUGGUAAAUGUAGAGGAAUACUUGAUGGAAAAGAUGAACAAGGAUCUUCCAUCAGUUGAUUUAGAGGAACCAUUCUGCUGGCAGGCAUACAAUUAUGCGAAGGUGUCCUUUAGGAUUGUGGGAGCAACACUUUCAGGAAUGACAAUUGAUCCAAAAACGGUUAGCAUUUAUCCAGCUGUCAAAGCACCAGUGGAGUUCUCAACUCUGGUUUCCUCUGGAGAUUAUAUAUUGUGGAAUACCUUGGGGAGAUGCCCCUUUGCUGCUUCACCUACAGUACAGAGAAAGGACCGCAAAUGAGGGCGAACAGAAUUUUGUGCUUCCGCUGAAAAGAUGCCUUGUGUUUUCCAAUGAAAUGACCCAACUCCUGUGUUUUAAAUGGGAGCCGAACAAGAAAGAAUUGACAUUGGAUGAAUCGAACAUUUCGAGAGGUGUUGCGUUGCAACAUCCAGGUGUAGAGCUUUUUAAUCAUCUCGAUUUCAAAUAAAAAAAUGGGGAAGACGAGUACUGAUAUUCUGGGUGUGAGUCGUGUGACCAUGUAAAGGGUAUUAUUCAUUCCCUCUUUAAUUACUUUAGUGCCAUUCUUUUAUUUCAUUGGGCAAAUUUCUUAAAAUAUCCUUAUGCUUUAGGAAACUGAUUAACUC